GUCGCGGCUGGCUGAGACCUCUCGGUGAUUGGACGGCACGGUGCUUCCAGCCAGCUGUCAAUAUUAAGGAACCCAGCAUCAGCUUUACCAUCACAGACGAACAGCGGCGGUAGGCGCGUACACGAGAAAGCUGCGCUAAAGUGAGCGGAGAGCCUGGGGGACUGUGCACACACAUUGGCAAUUAAAGGAAAAUGAGUAAGACAUUCAUAGCUAUGGUACUGACUCACAGGGGAAAACUUCCGAGUGAAAACUAGUAGGUUUUAUUUUUAAAGCCCGUAAAAGUAUUCUGGAAAAAAAAACAAAAGCGAAGCUGUUUAAUUUGAAACGCUUACAGCUGUUGAACAAGUACAUCGUUACUGGGCUAAAAAAUCUCACCAGAAACGUCGACGGAACGUCGGUCUCGCUUGGAAAAAUGUCCAGAAAAAAGACCGUGAAAGGCAAAAGUAGCACUAGCAGCCCAACAGCAGCUACUUCGAAGAGCAAAGAAAACGGGAAGCCGGGGAAAAGCAUCUCCACGCCCGAGACAACGUCCAAUGGAACAGUGCACCCCAGCCGGCCCUCUCUGAGCAACAGCAGCGAGUUUUAUGAUCUCGCUUUUAAGGUUAUGCUGGUGGGGGACUCUGGGGUGGGGAAGACCUGCCUGUUGGUGCGCUUCAAGGAUGGCGCCUUCCUGGCCGGGAGUUUCAUCUCCACAGUGGGGAUCGACUUCAGGAAUAAAGUCUUGAACAUCGACGGCAUGAAGGUGAAGCUGCAGAUUUGGGACACCGCUGGACAGGAGCGAUUCCGGAGCGUCACGCACGCCUACUAUCGAGACGCGCACGCUCUUCUGCUGUUGUAUGAUGUCACCAACAAAACCUCGUUCGACAACAUCCAGGCCUGGCUGACGGAGAUCCACGAGUACACCCAGCAGGACGUGGUGCUGAUGCUUCUGGGAAACAAGGCGGAUGCCACGCAGGAGAGAGUGGUGAAGCGGGAGGAAGGAGAGAAACUGGCCAAGGAUUUCGGCGUGCCCUUCAUGGAGACCAGCGCCAAGUCGGGGCUCAACGUGGAGUUGGCUUUCACCGCCGUGGCCAAGGAACUGAAGCACAGGUCCAUGAAAGACCCCAACGAGCCCAAGUUUAAGCUCCAGGACUACGUCAACAAGGAGAUGCAGACCUCCGGGUGCUGCCACUCCUAGACCUUCCCCGAGAAUGUCCCGCUGGGGGAGGGGCGGAGCGUGUGUGUGUGGUCCCCGUGUGUGUGUGUGUGUGUGGCCGUGUCCCUUGUCCUGUGAUCUUGAAAUGCUAUAGCGCCACCUGCCACUCCCCGGGCAGUAUUGACCCACCACCCAGUGCAACUGUGAAUGUAACCCCUCCCCAACAUCGAAGCCGGAUUUGCACGAAGCCGUAGCGCGGCCUCCUCUGCCAGACCGCAGUCAGAUACCCGCAGUCACCAUUUUACCCAAAAGGCUCCUCAUCCUGUGUACUGAGCCACUCAAACACACCCCAUCGUGGCAACAUGAAGCCCACAGUCAGGCAUGACACCUGGCUUUCACUUUCCACCUCCGUACUCCUAAAACAGUCAUUACUGUGCAAUAUAUUGUAUGUAAGAAUGUACAUAGUGUAAAUAGGCCAUGGUGUCUGUCUCAUCCUCCGGGUUUCGUCAGGUAGACCCACUCAUUGGUGACGUCUUUACCAGCUCUGAUUUUGCUUCCAUAUCCUUGUGUUAUAGUCUUACACUGAAGACGUAUGUGACCUUAGCAACAAACAAAAAAAUCCAUGCUGAAAGAAAGUUUGUCGCCUGAAAGCUUGUUUUCUGUUCAAGUUAAGUUAAGAUCACCCUUCUAAGCGACUGCCACCUUUAGAUGUCAGUCAGGGGUUUGAAAACGUUUUCACUUGUCCAACCAACAAAAUAAUCUGGGAAGUUACUGAGUUGCAACGGUACGUUUUGCCCAACAGGGGUGUGUGUUCAUAACCACGAGAGCUGCAGAGAGAGUCCUCACAGGGCUUAGAGGAGCGAAGAAAACAUUACAGCGUUAUUCAGCUUGUAGUUAAAAUUAUUUGUACGUGGAUUGUUUUCAAAUUAGAUAGUGGUGAAGGUGAAGUGAUCGUCACGUAGAGCAGUUUUCCCCAAUAUGGUCCUAGGGGGCCCACAGCCAGUUGAUGUUUCUGCUCCCUCCGAGCCCCCGGUAAAACGUGAACUGCUGUGGGUCCCUGAGCACCAAUUUGGGAAACACCGGUGUAGAAGCUUUUUAAGAAUUGACCUGUACAGUCUUGAAGACCUUCUUCCUGGGCCCAAAACCUGCCCAAGUGAAAUACAUUGUAACUAAGUCUUGGUAACUUGUCCUUUUGUAUAAUGUCAGUGCUGCAUAACGUUUAAAUGUAAAAAGAAAGUUAAUAUUUAAUAUACUUGCAAUAUUUCUAAAGCUCAUGUGUUUUCACUGUGGUCAAGUCUUUCAAAAUAUGCGCAUUCCUGCUUUCCAUCGGGAAAAUUAACACCUAAGUGUGACGCAUGUGUAAUAUUUUGGAAUCAACGGUAAUAUUUUUUAUUGUUAGUCUCUAUAUUGAAUUACAGGAUAUUUUCAGUUUAACGGGGUGACUGUCAAAAUAUAGUGGCACUGUUAGUUUUUUCUUUUUAACCUGAUAUGAUUUUUCAUAUAUUCUUUGAGGAUCAUUUUUCAUGGGCAAUACACCGACCAAGAAGUCAAUAUGAAGGAUAAUAAUAAUAACGGUUUGCCAGGGAAAACUAUGCUGUUCCUUCCCUAAAAUGCAUUUUCCUUCAGUGUACUAUAACAUGAAUUAAAAAAAAACCUGAAUAAAAAUAUGUGUAUAUUUACAAGGUUUUCAUUUAAUUAACUGUCGGCUUCGGUUCGUCUUUGUGUGUUUUUGAUUGUGAGAUGCUGGAACAGCCAUAAAGGCCGUCACACAGAUAACGUUCAUGUUAAUAAAGAGUCUCUAAGCAUC